AUGAGACAGCGAAAGAAGAUCACUCAAUGUGGUCUGGCAGUGAAAAUUGCAUACCAACAUGCCGCAGCGACAUUAGCAGCAACAACAACAACACCAUACGAGUUGUUAGCUGUCAACUUCAUUGAGUGGCGCCGUAGAUCUUUAAUUGCUGAUGCAGUCGCUUCGCCUAAUUCGCCUAAAGUCUUAAUUAAUCAAAAUGUUGACAAUCAAUAUUUGUUGUUGCCGCGCACUACAACCGCCUAUAUGGCCAAAAAUGGUGUUGGCGAAGUACCACUGAAAUUUUUCAAUUCACUUGUUUUGCCGCAUUUUUGCGUCGCUGACUUUUGGAAAAAUUUGUGGCACGUUCAAUUAAAAGUGAAUAAAUACACAGAACCAAAAAUGGGCAAUGGACAUGAGCAUUUGACUUCAAGUUGGAGUCGUGGUGGUGACUUUGGCUGUGGUGGUGGUGGCGGAAAAUGUUGCUGGUGGAAGCUAUUAGUUGGUGCUCCUUUGGAUAAAAAUCUCCAGCCUGGUACAAAUCAAACGGGUGCACUCUAUCGCUGUCCGAUUACGCAGACUCUCAACGAUUGUGAGCAAAUCAUAACCGAUGGAAGAAGAUCAUACGACAGCGACGACAUCGAAGAACUGCAAGAACCAUCCGACGAUGAAAUCAAGGAGGGUCAAUGGCUGGGCGUGACGGUGCGAUCGCAGGGACUCGGUGGAAAGGUACUCGUGUGCGCACAUCGUUACAUCACCAAAGUGCUGGAGAAUCGUUAUGGCCAAGGGUUGUGCUACGUAUUGACCAAUGAGUUGAGUUAUGAUGAAGUGUACGAGCCGUGUAAAGGUCGCACCGUGCAAAGAGAACACGAAGACUAUGGCUUCUGUCAGGUGGGCACUUCAGGCGCCCUACUGGAUGACAACACCAUGGUGCUGGGCUCACCUGGUCCCUUUACUUGGCGCGGCACUGUGUUCGUUACGGAAAUUGGCGGUGAAUAUCUGGAGCGCGAUAAGACAAUGUAUUACGGUGAUCACUUGGAGAAUACCUCGCCGGUGGACAAGUACAGUUACUUAGGCAUGGCCGUUACCGGUGGUCGUUACUUUGGUGAUCAUAUGUCGUAUGCCUCGGGUGCGCCGCGUUCUAACGGACACGGACAAGUUGUGAUCUUUAACAAAGCCAAUACAAAUCCCAUACCCGUCAAAAUGAUACUCGAAGGCGAACAAUUUGGUUCUAGUUUUGGCUAUGAACUCACCACUGCCGACAUUAAUGGCGAUUCAAAGCCAGAUCUUAUUGUUGCCGCACCAUUCUAUUUCAACAAAUCCGAAGGCGGUGCAGUGUACAUUUACCAAAACGACAAGGACAUGUUGCCAGAGAAACCGACACUGAAGCUGACCGGCACGGUGGAAAGCCAUUUCGGACUUGCGCUCGCCAACAUUGGCGACAUCAACAAGGAUAACUGCGAGGAUCUGGCGGUGGGAGCGCCAUAUGAAGGUGACGGUGUGGUUUAUAUAUAUUUGGGUUCACGUACCGGUCUGGUUAGUAAGCCCGCGCAACGAAUACAAGCCGCCGAUCUCGGCUUGCUGCCACACCCGUUACUCACCUUUGGUAGUUCGAUAAGUGGUGGCACUGAUUUGGACGGUAACUCGUAUCCGGAUAUAGUUGUUGGCGCAUACAAUUCUUCGGCUGUGGUUGCGUUGCUCUCACGACCAAUCAUUAAUAUACAAACCACGGCGCGCAGCAAUGAGCUGAGGAAUAUUGAUCCCGCUAAAUCGGGUUGUCUACAUGAUGCCUCAACGAAUUUAACCUGUUUCACCUUUGAAGCUUGCUGUUCCAUCGAUCCCUACGAGCCAUCUUCUGCGAAUAAAGACUUGCGUUUAUUGUACACAGUCGAAGCAGAGACCUUCGCGGGCAAUAAGAAGUUCUCACGUGUGCUUUUCGAUCGCGAGAAUAAACGUAGCAAUGUGGUGAAGCGUGAAGUGACAGUGCGCACCAAUGGACGUAUGGCGUGUCAACAAGUGACCGGGUAUAUCAAGGAGAACACCAAAGAUAUACAGAGUCCGAUAAAGUUCCGCUUGAAUUAUACGAUUGUGGAGCCAAGACUGCCGCGUUCGGGUUUGGAACUAUUAAAUCCGAUUUUGGAUCAAACACAGGCGUUUGUUGAGUUCGAAGGGACAUUCCAAAAGGAUUGCGGCGAUGAUGAUAUUUGCGAAAGUAAUCUGAUAUUGAAUGCCGAACUAGACUUGAAUAUGGAGGAUGAUAAUUACGCUUUGAUAUUGGGCGAGAAGGAUGAGAUGCGUGUCAAUGUGAAUGUAUUGAACAAAGCGGAUUCAGCAUACGAGACACAGUUGUUUGUGGUGCAUCAGAAGAGUGUCUCGUAUAUUGCAGCUAAAAAAACGAACUCUGUGAUCUGCAAUCGCUUCAAUGACACUGUGGUCGCCUGUAGCCUGGGCAAUCCAAUGCGCCGAAAUUCAGCUGUUUAUGUCUCACUGCGAUUCGAUCCCAGCGGUUUGGAGGUGAACGAACGCAAGCUAAGCUUUCAUGUCUUUGCCAACACAACGUCCCGCCUUAUUGGUGACGUGAAACCCGAAACUGAGCUGGAAGUGCGCGUGGUGAAACGGGCUGAACUGAGUCUGCAAGGUUGGGCCAAGCCCGAACAAAGUUUUUACAGUGGCGAGGUGAAAAAAGACAGCAAAGUAAUGCAAAUGGAGGACGUCGGCUCGCCACUGAUGCACACGUACCAGAUCUACAACGAUGGUCCCUGGAAGGCGCCCAAGGUCGUACUCACCAUAUAUUGGCCGCAUCAGUUGACCAGCGAGAAGAGCAAAAAAGACAAAUGGCUGCUCUACAUCGAAGCCAUGCCUAUUGUAGAGAAUGUCGAAAUGAGCGAAUGUUUUGUCGCACCCGAACAUGUGAAUCCGCUCAAGCUCGCCUCAAAAACCAAAUCCAACGAGCUAUUCGACACACUGCUAAUGGCACCAGCACCCUAUAUGAUGCGACCCACCAACAAGACGCAAUACAUAAGCCGCUACAGCACUUACAAUGAAAAAAGUAUGUACACAAAGCAAAAAGCCACACAGCGGUCGGGCCUACACGACGAUGAGGACGAUGAUGACAGCCAGGAGCGUUACUUGAAUCGCGUACGGCGCAACACAUUCGAACGUAUCAUACGACCUGAACGUUUCAUGGACCUCGGCGGCGAACAUACAAAUCGCAAGCGGGACAUUGUGGAGUUGGACUGCAAUAAAGCGACGGCGACUUGUAUAAAAAUUCAAUGCGACAUCUACAAUAUGCCCGCCAAGACGGAAGCGUACGUGCAUAUAAGAGCGCGUCUGUGGAACUCCACGCUAGUUUCAGAGUAUCCACGCGCCGAUUUGGUGCGCAUUAUGUCAAGAGCGCAAGUCAAAAUCCCGCUCGAGUACUCGGUGGAGCAAACGGAAGCGCACAUACUGGUGGAGACACGCGCCUAUCCCGAAUUGCUUGAUCAGCAACGCGAGCAACCCACAUCCAUAUGGAUCUACAUUGUUGCCAUCAUUUGUGGUCUGAUCGUGUUGGCUGUGGUCGUGCUCGUGCUAUGGCACAUCGGCUUCUUCAAGCGACGACGACCCGACCCAACGCUAAGCGGCAACUUGGUAAAGAAGAGCGAAGAGAAGCCAUUCCUCAAUGAUGCGACGAGUAAUGGUCGUGGCUUCUAACAAGAGGGGACUGUCGGGUGGGAUCUCGCGCAGCGGGCGCCGCCUAAAGCGCAACGGACUUGCUGUCUAACACAAAGCAGCGAACCUGCAAUUAUUGCGAACGCCGCCACUGCUGCCAACAACAAUAGCAUUUACUGCAACAAUAACAAUAGUGCCAUCGACAACAACUACAACUACAACUGCAACACAAAUGGCUAUGGCAGUGAAAGCUAUAAACACACUUGGAGUAGUAGCGGUCACACAGAUGCAGCCGUCAUCGAUUGGGGUUCGCAUUGGUAAAAGGCGCGAUUGGUUUGCGACGGUAUCGUCGCGCGGAAGUCGGAG